CACAUAGAGCUACAAUACCUGUGGAAAAAUCAUAAUUUCAAAAAUGAAACUAGCACUCAUCGUGAUUCUUUCCGCAGUUUGCGCUUCUUUGGUUUAUGCAGUACCCUACAAUACCUACUGUACCGGAUUGAACGAGGUCUUCUCAACUUGCGGAUCGGCUUGUCCAGCCACCUGCGAAUCCUACCUGUACGGUGGAUACCAAGGAUGCGGUUCUGGAUGCCAGCGAGGAUGCUUCUGUCGGCCCGGGUAUGUUCGCAACACUGUUGGUGUGUGCAUCGAAGAGGUCCAGUGCACUAGAAGGCGAACAUACUUGCAACAAUCUGUCGGUUACUAUCCGUUCGGCUACUACGGAAGUGGCUGGGGCUUUUAAUUUAGUCUCGAUACGGCUGGCAGCACGACUUUAUGUAAUAACAGUUGUCAAUUGAAGAAGUGUAAUAAAAUUUCCGUCUGCGAUGAUUGAUAAUUUGCAAUAAAAAAUUCUGUAUACA